AUGGACACCGCCGACGCGGCAGAGUCUGCGCCAUCAACUGCUCCCGCGGCGGCACCAUUCGCCGCAUCCGAGUCGACACCGACGGCUGAAUCGCCCGCGAUUGCGCCGGCUGACGAAUCGGCGCACCCAUUUGCUCCUCAUGCGGUCGACGGUCCCAAGAUGCCACCGACGUCGCCACGCCCGGUGAUCACACCGUCGCUGCGCACUACGCCACGAAGCGCGCCAACACCAAGUACUGUGGCGCAGCAGAGCACUCCACGCAACGUGCGCUUUGCAGACGACAGCACGACACCUCCUGCGUUGACGCCGGAGCCGAACCAAGAGCUACCCAAGGUGUCCCCACCCAAGGCUUCUGUCCUCGGCACCCGGCGGGCAAGCAAGAAGUAUGCGAUCACUGAGCUUCAAGGCAGCGGUAGCGACGACUCGGAAGAGAAGCACGAGGACCUUGCACUAGAAGACGAUGCAGAGCUACCUGGGUUUGACCCGUCGAUGCCAAAGCCCAAGCUUAAACUCAAACUGACGCGCCAGCUCACCUUUCAGCAGCGUCAGCGCCGGCAGAUGCGCAAGCACAAACGUGUGUUGCUCGCGACGUCGCACUCGCUGUUUGCGUUUGCUUCCUUUUGGUUUCGGACGCUCUUGAGUUUGCACACGCACGAGUGGAUGGCGUACCUCCUGAUUGUGUUUGGCUUGCUCGGGGAGUGCACGACGCCUGGUCCACGCUACAACGUCGCGAUCGGCACGCUCCUCUUGACCGUGCCCGUCAAAAAGAUUGAGCUCCACUUGACGACGACGGGCAUGGUUGUCGCGAUCCUUGUCGACCUUUUCUGGCUCUGUCGCUCCGACGAGCGAAGCUACGGCGCGACGUUUCCGUGGCAGCUCACGUCGUUCUGCCGCGUCUGGGCCGCGCUCUGCAUGCUGCUUAAAGUGUGGCUCUCGCUCUCCGUGUACUGGUACCUCGAACCGAAACUCAAAACCACCCCGUCGCACCGGCCGCCCAAACCACUCCACCUCAAGUGGCAGGUGUUUCUGGAUCGGGCACGCUUCUUCUUUCCGACAACGAUUCUGCCGCCGCCGACGCAGAUGUCCCGGGCCGUCCUUCUCCGCAUCGUCGCGCUCUUAUACAUCUACUGCGUCGGCAGCGUCGUUCUUCUCUUCCUUGGUAUCAUUGCGUGUUUUUCGUUCACCAUGUACCCGCACUUUCAGGUGGCGUCCUUGGGCAUCCCCUUGCACUACAUGCUAUUGACCUCUGGCGUCGCCACCAUGCUGACGCUGCUGCUGUUUCUGAGCAACCUGCACACCCCAAUCUGGCGCUGCUUGAGUUUGCUAUGGCGCCUCGCCUCGUACACGGGGCCGCUCGUGCACUGGCACGGCGUCGGCUACACGAACGACCUCAACUGGAUCAAGAUGGUCACAAUCGCCAAGCUCGUCGACGCGUGCUGUGGCUUGUACCUCUUCUUGGUGCUCUACGCGUCGUUCCACCAAGGAACAUCCUUCUUCGGCGGCGUCACGGCGCUGCUCUUGAUAGCCACCGGGCUCAAUGUGCUCUUGCAGUGCUGGGUGCCGCUGCUUCUGCUCGUCUUGUACAAGUUUAUCGGUGUCAUGGAGCAAACCCAUCGGGACUUUGACACGUACCACUUGCUGCCGCGCAACUGGGACGCCGAGGACCACGCGAUCGAGAAUGGCAGCAGCGACGACAGCGACGAUGAUGACGAUGACGGCACCAAUGAUUCGAGCUCGUCGUCUUCGUCGUCGGCGUCGUCAGAGAGUGACUGCUUCGUCUCUGAAAACGAAGCGGAAAGCAGCCACCCGCGACGUCGGCGGCGCCACGCGCGCCCGAGUGCGCCUCCCGCGGACGUGUGGGUGCGGCACCACGAUGGUUACGACCGCGCGUAUGUUCGCAACACGAUCACAGGCGAGACGUUCUGGGACGAUGACGCGCAUGAAACCGAGACCGCGUCACCGCUGAGCUGCACGCUGUACAUGACGCACGACGACUUCAAGUACUUUUGGAAUAGUUUAGAGUACAGUGGGGGGUUUGCGUGUCGCAUUAGCGUGCUCCCGACGGUCGAGGCGCUCACGGAGCACCUCGCAGCCAGUCGCUUCUACGUCAUCACGGACGGCAUGGCGUCCGAGACGAUUCGCGCCGUGUACUUUUACGCGAUCCACUCGGCGACCAUGGCGCACUUUCUCGGCGCGCUCCUUCUCGACAGCCUCAGCAACGAGCUCGAAGCCAAGUUCAAGUGCGACCAGCCGGAGAUGGUGCCUGAAAUCGUCCAGUGUCUCCAACUCAAGGCGCUCCUCGGCGACUACGAGCAGCUCCGCUAACCCUUGCACGCGUCUGCAUAGUGCAUCAGUAUUGGGUCGAAGUAACACCUCAGCCUACCUACGUAACUAGUAGUUUGACUCAUUCACAGC